AAGAUUUUUUUCUCUGCGUGUAUGUAUUUUUUUUUUAAAUUAAGUAAACAAUUUGAAAACCGUCUCGAAAUUCAAGUGAGCUCGAAAUUGACACGAAGCUAAACGGAUGACAUCAGCGAGCGAGAGAGAUGAACUCGCCCAACAUUCUCAGGCCCUUCUCCAAUCACUUCAUAUUUCGAGCCCUGCACUACACAUUCAUUGCAUUCCAGCUUCGCGAUGAACUGAUGCGAAGUAACCCAAGCAAGCAGCGGCCUCGCAGCUAUCUGGAAUGGCAACCGUUUGUGCUCUGGCUGAAUCACGUGAUGCUCACCUAUGCUGGGGACAUACUGGUCAAUGUGAUGCUCGGUUCGCUGCCACUUGAGCCGCUGAGCAAUGUGCACGAUGUCAUCUUGUGUACUCUGACGUGGUAUCUCAUCUUCUACAGUCCCUUUGACUGGGCACAUGCUGUGGCACGUACGGUGGCCUUUCGAAUGCUUGCCACUCCGAUUACGGCCAUCAGUCAGGUGGUGCACAUCGAUAGGGGCAUUCAGUUGGCUGGCAAGAUGUAUGGCAAUAAUGCCCUGGUGCCCAUACUGAUAAUUGGCACCAUUGUCGGAAGUGGAGCCGAGUUCCUUAAGCCAGUUGCCGCGCUGCUAAUCAAUCGCUGCCAAUUGACCAAUGCCGCUUAUGUGAAGCUGAGCACAAACUCCAAAGUGUCUUUCUGCAUCGCCUUGGUGUUUGUGCUUCAGCUGAAUCAAAGUCAAUGGCUAUUCGGUCUCAGUCGGCGGCAGCUGCAUAUCUAUGUUCUGAUCGUAUUGAUUUUAUUCAAAUAUCUGUCAAUGGCUUGUCGAAUGGAUCAUUUGAUUUGGAAGUUGGAAAAUCAGUUGUGUUACGCCUUUUUCGGUGGCCUCUCGGCAGAUUUAGCCAAGUUUUUCAAAUGCCCAGAGCAUUUCGAAAACUUGUUUAAAACUGCCAAGUUACAGCAUCUCUUACAUAAUCAUCGAGCGUGAUAACAAGUGAUAACAGUCGAGCUGAGUUGAGGUGAGGUUGCCAGAGGCAUUCUCUCCUAACAGCUGCUAAGCGGCUUAAGUUACCCUCCCACCGGACACUGAGUGGAUUGUGGCAUGAAGUGCUGCUCAUUCAAUUGGCAGAUGUUUCGCAUCAAUUGGCUGGCCAGCGCGCGAGGCAGCUCCGAUUACAUAAGGUGCCACUCACAGCCACGAGCUGAAUCAAUCGCUAAGAGGCUUACAUGAGAAUCCGAAUGCGAGUGAGAAUACCAAGCAAAGGAGUAUCGCAGGAGUGGUCGGAUUGGUAACGCAUCUUAAUUAAUACUCCAUGUAUUGAUUGUGUCAUUACGCCGAGAACUGCGCAUUUUAAAAUGCCGCAAAGAACAAAUAAAACAAGCCAAUAAGCGCCUUUUAAA